GAUUGGGCCCUUACCUCUAAGCCCAAUUUAAUUACAACUGGCCCAGAGGAGCCAUUAGCUUAUAUCUAGCGACAAGAGGAGCACUGUGGUGGCGAUAGUUUUUGAUAUCCUGAACCAGAUUUUGAUUUUCUAUCGUUAAUCAGGUGAUAAAAAAUGGAUCACAGAUGGUACAAUGGUAGACAGGAAGCAAGUAGUCGAGAUAAACUUCAACAGGAAAAGGAGCUGGCAUAUGAAGAGUCUUUAAUUGAGGAUUUGGCACAGGAUUUUCGAUUGCCAAUACAUCAGAAGCCAACUGAGAAUAUUGAUUUGGAUAACGUGGAACAAGCAUCUUUAGAUACAAAAUUGACGUCGUCAAAUAUUGGGUUUAGGCUUCUCCAAAAGAUGGGGUGGAAAGGAAAAGGUCUUGGAAAGGAUGAGCAAGGAAUUAUUGAGCCAAUUAAAUCUGGGAUCAGAGACCCAAAGUUAGGAAUCGGAAAACAAGAAGAAGAUGAUUUUUUUACUGCCGAAGAAAAUAUUCAGCGAAAGAAACUUGAUAUUGAGCUAGAGGAGACUGAGGAAAAUGUGAAGAAGCGGGAGGUUUUAGCAGAACGGGAACAGAAAAUUCAAACUGAGGUGAAGGAAAUACGGAAGGUGUUUUAUUGUGACCUUUGCAACAAACAAUACAAAUUGGCUGUGGAAUUUGAAGCCCAUCUGAGUUCAUAUGAUCACAAUCACAGGAAGCGCUUUAAAGAAAUGAGAGAGUUGCAUGGUUCAAGCAGCCGCGAUGAUCGGCAAAAACGAGAACAACAACGGCAGGAGAGGGAGAUGGCUAAGUUUGCUCAAAUGGCUGACGCCCAUAAACAGCAGAAGCAACAACAGGAAGAAGAAUCCAGGGCUGUCCCAGCCUCCACUGCACCAAGAACUGCUACUGCACUUGCUACUCAGGAUCAACGGAAGGCAUUAAAAUUCGGAUUUUCUUCUAAGGGUGGCAUUUCUAAGAACCCAUCUGGAAGUUCUGCAAAGAAGCCAAAAGUAGCUGCUGCCUCUGUGUUUGGCAACGAUAGUGAUGAAGAACAAUGAAUGUUAAACGUGGCAACUGGUUAUCAGCAGUGUUCCAAUGUAACGAUCUCACUUAUUGACGUCAUGUAACAAUGUAAUUCCUUUUCAAAAGUUUCAUGUUGAACUCUAUUGUCAAGAGUGAACUACAAAUAUUUAUUUGCUUUGUUGGGAGAAAUAUGGAUGAUAUGCCGAACUCUGUAGAUUUCUUGUUUGAUUAUUUUGCCUCCAUAAACUACUAGAAUUCCUCCUCGGUGAUUUUAUUGCCUCCCAAUGUUUGUUUUGGAGAACAUUUUAUAAAUGAUGAUAAAUGUGCUCAUACGGUUCCCCACAA